CACGUUUCUCUCUCAUCCUUUCCCUCUCUAGAAAAAGGAAAAAGUAAACCCAUCCAAUCCCCUGGCUCUUUCUCUUUCUCUGCUACCCGCACAGCGCCAGGAGAGAGAAAGGCACAAAAAGAGAGUUUGAGAGAGAGGGCGAGGGAGAGGGAGAGAGAGAUAGUGAGUUUGAUGAUUAUUGAACGUGGAAUUGCAGAGGAGAAAAUGGAGACAGGAAAAGCAUUUCUUCAAUACAAAGCUCUCUCUUUCUGUCUGAAUGUGGGCCCAUCAAUUGUCGCGUAUUCUUCUUCCACUACUCUCUCUUUCUCCUCCUCUUGCCAGUUGCCAACAGAAACUUUGUAAAGCUAUCUACUUUCACUAUCACACUUGUCACCACCUCCCUUCCUCCACUUUUUCCAGUCUUUAAUGCCUGCCCAUACGAGAAGAAUUUCCCUAAAAAAUAAUGGGUCGGUGCAAGAUAGGCAUUUUAGUCUUCUCCCACCUCCCUCUCUCUCUCUCUUUUUCGUUGUCAAAAGAUGCCCACUUACUAUAUACCUCACCUCACCCUAAAAAGUCCAGUUUUUAACAUCUCAUAUAUUAAACUUCAUUGAAAAUUGAUCUGGUCUUUUGUGCGUACUCUGCUAGCUUUAUUUAAAUGCAUUUUUUGGGAUUUUGAUGAAAAGGAGACCAUUUUGGUCUCUGUCUCGUGAUCUCUACUGUUGCUGGCAUAUUUGACACUUGUUUUCUGUCUUCUUACAAUUCUGCGAAAUUUCUUCUAUUUCUCUCAGAAUUUGUAAAUAUUGAUUUGGGCGUUGAAGAAAAGGUUGACCCAGAGUUGUUGAUUGCCAAUUUGAGGAAAUUAAGGUUGUAAUUUAGUUGAUAAUGCCAGAAGAAGGCAAAUACGUCUGUUCCUGGGAUUGUCAAUUAGUCCUUUCAAGCUUUCACUCAAAUAUCUCCACCGAAUUUGUUAGCUUACUGGUUAAUUUUGUUGAUCGGUGAAAUUUUAAGGUGAAUUUCAUCAUCCAUCCGUGAGUUUGUACCAUUACAGUUCUUUUCUUUAAAGGGAAGAUCCAUAUAUCCAAAGUGUAAGGCACCAGUGAGGAAAUUCAGGCGCUGGUAAAGGCUUGUGGAGACAAAAAGAAGCCUUUCAAUACCUUGCCAUCCAAAGAAGGCUUUUUUCUUUUUUGGGUACCUUGAGCUUGACGCUUCUGAGGAAGCUUCAGUUGUUAAUAUUGGAGUUUUUGUCCAUGUUCUCUUGGUCCUGUAUACCCAGCCACAUUGUUGUCCUUCUUGUCCUCAUCGAUUUUAAGAUUUCAAGCGGGUAUACUAGUGAGGGAAUUUGGAUGAACAAAGCAUAAUAUAGUUAAAGAACCAGACAUUCGUCAUGGCAAAGAAAUCUCAAAGGCGCCCUGUGCGACAUGAAAGAGACCAAUCUGGAUGCAUGUGGGGAUUAAUUAGUAUGUUUGAUUUCCGUCAAGGUAGAUCAACUCAGAGGCUACUAUCAGAUAGGAGGCGCGGGACUAGGCAUGUUGUUGCUUCCGGAAAUUCAGGAGAUAAAGCUGACAUGUUGGUCAAUCUUGCUGAAAAUUGUCAAGGCACUCCUGGUGGUGAAGAGAUCACAAUUGCAUCCGAUGCCAGUAAGCCAAGUGUGAAGAAACUCAUGGAAGAAGAGAUGUUCUGCGAGAAGGACAUAAAUAAGGAGGUAAUCAGUGCUGAAGUGGAUCCAAAAGAGUCCAAUUCCGAAUGUGGAGGCCACAAAAGGAAAAACCGCAAAAAAACAAGUAGAAAUCGCACAAAAAGUUGUGAGAUAUACAUAGAAGAUCUGGAUGCUGCUGAGAAAUUGGAACCUGAAAAUUCAUGCAUUCAGAAUUCAGAAAAGCAAUCUACUAAUGAUAUUGAUAUGGAUGAUAUGCUGGAAGAAUUCUGCCACCAGAUUCAUCGCCUUAGUUGCAUAAGGCAUGAACAGAGUGAUGAAGUUCACAACCAGCCAAACCAGAAGAAUCCUGACGUUGAAGAGAAAUUGGGUGAGGCAAUCAAACUUUUUAUAAGUCAGAGGCUUAUCAAUGGGAAACAUGUUAACGGAGACGGGGAUAUCCACCCUCCCAAAGAGUUCAAUGAUGCACUUAAGCUUCUAAGUUCUGAUGAGGAAUUAUUUCGAAAUCUCUUACAACGUCAAAAGUCUGUAAUGGUGAAAUAUGUUGAGAAUUUGUGGAAUGCUCAUAUAGAGAAAGAAAAAAUCUCCAAGCAAUCAAAUUUUUCCGAACAUGAGACUCAUGAUGUGAAACAAUCUGAUGAGGUUGUCCAUAGUAAACAGCGCAAGUUUUUCAGGAGGAAGACCAAAUCAGUAGAAAAGAAUCCAUUAAUGGAACCUAAGGCUGCUGAAGGUUCAAAUAGGAUUGUUAUUUUAAAGCCUGGGCCUAUCACCUUGGAAAAGCCUGAAACUGAAAGAAGUCUUAGGUCAUCCCCAGACUCUCAAACUAUUGUCAGAAACACGGGACCAAAUGAAAGAGUUAGUCCCUACUUUUUUCUCACUGAAAUUAAGAGAAAGUUAAAACAGGCUAUGGGAAAAGAGCAACAAGAGAUCUCACCAGAAGGUAUUUCAAAGAGAUUUCCAAAUGAGCGGAAGGCUAGGAGAGAUAGUGACAAAAAGUACAAGGAGAAUGUUGGAAGAAGUUCUCCGAGCAAAGAACAUUUCUUUAUUGAAAAAAUUGCCCGGCCUCCAGUUGGUGUCAAAAAGGGGGACAAGUUGAAAGAAUGUGAAAUAAGUAUGGAACAUAAAACUGGUAACUAUCCCAGGCACAGACUAUCUAACAUUUAUAUUGAGGCCAAGAAACAUCUGUCUGAGAUGCUUACUGGUGGGACUGGGGAUGCAGAUUUUUCAAGCCGACAGGUUCCAAAAACCCUUGGAAGGAUUCUCUCUCUUCCUGAAUACAAUUUUUCUCCUAUUGGCAGUCCUGGAAGGGAUUGGGGACAAAACUUUGUUUCUUCACAGAUGAGAUUAUCUACCGAUAACAAAUUUGAGAAACAAGAAAACAAUGUCAGCCAUCUUGGUCGAAUGGCACUAAAUGCAGAGGCUGAGUUGUGUGUUUCUGAAGACACCGCUGAUAAUAAAAAAGAAGCUUCUCCAAAACCAAAUUCAAAUCCCUCAAAUGAGCUUGUGAAAAAUGAUGUGGAGAAAUUCUUGUGUUCUACUGGAGUGAGGACUUCUGAAGCAGGUGACUUGGAUAUUGUAAAAGAAGCUAAUAUUGUACUUCAAGAAGACAGCAAUAUGUUGGAUACUCUCUCUGAGUCAAGUUCCUCUUCUACGAUCAGAGAAGACAAGAAUGUUGACAUCUCUGAAGUCUGUGAUGCAAAAAGACACUCUGAAUGCUCGACACAUGACUUAGAUGAAGAAAAUCAACUCCCAUAUUCUCCAAUAACGUCUCCAUCCAGCAAUUCAAUAACCAAGAAGGAUCGGUAUCUAGAGAGUGUUGUAGUCGUAGAGGUAUUAGAGCGACCAAGUCCUAUAUCUGUUCUUGAACCACUUUUCACAGAGGAGGAUGUUAGCCCAGCAAGCACUAGAUCCCAACCUGCUGAACUACCGAUGCUACCCCAGAGAAUUCAGUUUGAAGAGAAUGAUCCACUAGCAGAAGAUAUAGUCACCCAUUUGAAAGGCAUACAGGAGAAGGAAUCUCUAUUCGAGUAUGUAAAAGCAGUGUUGCACGCCUCUGAACUGAACUGGGAUGAGUUCUAUAUCAUGUCAAAUUCUUCUGAUCCACUUCUUGACCCAUCAAUAUUUGACGAGGUAGGGCUCUUUCCCAACCAACUUUGUUGUGACAAGAAACUUCUCUUUGAUUGUAUUAAUGAAGCUCUGAUGGAGGUAUAUGGGCGCUAUUUUGGUUGCCCCCUUGGGUUAUCAUUUGAAAAACCUCACAUCCGACCUGCACCGGAUUUGAGAAAUGCUAUUCAUGAGGUAUGGGAAGGAGUGUAUUGGUAUCUCCUCCCUUUGCCAUUGCCUCAUACAUUAGAGCAGAUAGUCAGGAAAGACAUGGCUAAAACUGGAACUUGGAUGGACUUUCGGAAUGAUAGUGAAACAAUGAUUAUUGAGAUUAGUGAAGCCAUUGUCAAAGAUUUGAUGGAAGAAACUAUGGUAAGCUGUGUAAAUGAGAUUUCAGAAACUGGAAUUCCUUCAUUUCCAGCUGAGUUGAAGGAUGAGAGCUGCAUUGACUUGUAAAUGAUAUUUGACUUUUGUUUGUUCAUACGAAAUAAUUGACCACCGUUGUUUCUGGAUGGAAAGGAAAGUAAGCUAGUGGCUGCUUAUGCAGUAAGAGUAGUUGCAUCUAGGUAGAAGCGUCCUGGACAUGACUUGACAGAGACUUUUUCUAACUUUGCCAUUGAGAUCAUGCACAUAUCAAACAGUUCCCACAUUGUAAAACCGUGAGAGCCAAAUGAAGGACUCGCAUUUGAUGGGCAUGAAUCAGAAGCCUAGUCUGCAAGUACUUCUUGCUUCUAAAGAAAGACUACUUGAUAUCCAUGGCAAUUUUUCCAACCAUGACAGGAUCAGAAGCAUUCUCAUUGUAGAAACUGUAGAUUUCUGGUGUGUUGAUUGCGUCGGUUUUAGAAUGCUGCAUGUGUUCUGAAUUUCUGGUUUCCAUUAUGUCCUGAUUUCAUUCAUUCUUGCGAGCUUUUUGUUUAUUUUUUUGCCUCUCUCCUUUAUUUAUGAAGUGGAGGUUUUCUGUGAGUUUGUGACUACUUGGAUGUAUUAUAUAGGGAGGUGUUGAUUUCCGGAGUGUGUUGUACACAAUUAACAGGCUAUUAUUGAUGUGUUUCUGAUUCAUAUAUGAAUAAUCAAUACAAGGGGAAUAUAUAAUAUGUUGUAAUGCUCUUGCUCUCU